CAUAAAUGCUCUUUCAUCUUCUCAAUAGGCUCAGCAAUAACUCCUCACUGCCACAUCUUCUUCACCUAUUCCCCUCCCUCUCUAUCUGUCACACACACUCUCCUUUCUACACAAUAAUUAUUAAAAUUAAUUAUAUUUGUCUUCUCCAUUCUCCAUCUAUCUAUACCUUCUUCUCCCACCAUGUAUGGCUCUUUUUUCUUUUCCCCCGCCGUUAGACACCACUCCACCGCCGCAUAGCGCCGUUCAGCAACUACUUUUCCGGUGACCCUUUUACCGGGAAACCAGAUCCAGCGUAGCACAUCUCCGGAAACCCUCAUGAAAUGACUGUUCUUGGAAGAGGAAGUAAUAGUGAUUGAGAAGUAACAAUCUCAAAGUGUUGACUGUUGAGUAAAGAUGUUUCAUCCAAAUAUGUUUGAUGGGCAUCCACAUUUGCUGGAUGUGGGGCAAAAAGUGCAAGAGAAUGAGCUAGACAUACUUAGAGACGAUGAAUUCGAGAGCAAAUCGGGAACGGAUGUUAUGGAAGCACCAUCCGGAGAUGAUCAAGAUCCCAAUCAGCCCCCAAACAAGAAGAAGCGUUAUCAUCGCCAUACUCAACAUCAAAUCACCGAAAUGGAAUCGUUUUUCAAAGAAUGCCCACACCCGGAUGACAAACAAAGGAAGGAAUUGGGACGUAGACUAGGCCUUGAGCCAUUGCAAAUCAAAUUUUGGUUCCAGAACAAACGCACUCAAAUGAAGGCUCAACAAGAACGCCAAGACAAUGGUUCAUUGAGGGCAGAGAACGAGAAGCUUCGGGCCGAAAAUAUACGCUAUAAGGACGCCCUAAGUAACGCUACUUGCCCUAACUGUGGAGGCCCGGCUUCUAUUGGAGAAAUGUCCUUUGAGGAGCAACAUUUGAGGAUCGAAAAUGUUCGUCUUAGAGAGGAGAUUGACAAGAUAUCGGCCAUUGCUGCAAAGUAUGUUGGCAAGCCGAUGCUCUCGUAUUCCAAUGCACCUUCCCUCGGGCCGUCUCGCCCACUUGAUCUGGGAGUAGGAGGUUUCGGUCCUCAAUCAUUAGCCGUUCAAGGGGAUUUAUACACUGCAAGUGAUCUUUUAAGGUCGGUUUCUGGGCCGUCUGAUAUCGAAAAGCCAAUGAUCAUUGAGCUAGCGGUGGCUGCCAUGGAGGAGCUGAUCAGAAUGGCUCAAGUGGGGGAACCUCUUUGGGUUCUAGGCGCUGACAACUCAACUGAGAUUCUAAGUGAGGAUGAAUAUGUUCGGACCUUUCCUAGAGGAAUUGGACCUAAACCACCAGGGUUUAAAUCUGAGGCUUCAAGAGAAUCAGCUGUUGUGAUUAUGAAUCACAUAAACCUUGUGGAGAUUCUCAUGGAUGUGAACCAAUGGUCUUGCGUGUUUGCCGGCAUUGUUUCAAGAGCCCUAACGUUGGAGGUCUUAUCCACCGGUAUAGCCGGAAAUUACAACGGUGCACUACAAACGAUGAGUGCUGAGUUUCAAGUCCCUUCACCGUUUGUUCCAACCCGAGAGAAUUACUUUCUGAGAUAUUGCAAGCAACACGGUGAUAGCACUUGGGCAGUGGUUGAUGUUUCUUUGGACACUUUGCGCCCUUCUUCCAUCGCAAGAAGUAGAAGAAGGCCAUCCGGCUGUUUGAUACAAGAAUUACCUAAUGGUUACUCUAAGGUAACAUGGAUUGAACAUGUGGAAGUGGAUGAUAGAGCCGUUCACAGCAUAUACAAGCCGCUAGUCAAUUCGGGCCUCGCUUUCGGGGCGAAACGUUGGGUUUCCACAUUGGACCGACAAUGUGAACGGCUUGCCAGCGCUAUGGCUAGCAACAUUCAAGCCGGUGAAGUUGGAGUGAUAACGAGUCCAGAGGGCAGGAAGAGCAUGCUCAAGCUGGCGGAGAGAAUGGUGAUGAGCUUUUGCGCCGGCGUUGGGGCCUCGACGGCGCAUACGUGGACAACGUUGUCCGGCAGCGGGGUGGAUGACGUCAGGGUCAUGACCCGAAAGAGUAUAGAUGACCCGGGCAGGCCGCCCGGCAUUGUUCUAAGCGCUGCAACUUCUUUCUGGCUCCCCGUUCCGCCAAAGAGAGUCUUUGACUUUCUUCGUGACGAAAACUCCAGAAACGAGUGGGAUAUUCUCUCCAAUGGUGGGCUUGUUCAAGAAAUGGCGCAUAUCGCAAAUGGUCGCGAUCCGGGAAAUUGUGUCUCUCUUUUACGAGUCAACAGUGCUAACUCAAGCCAGAGUAACAUGUUGAUUCUCCAAGAGAGUUGCAUUGACUCGUCCGGGUCCUAUGUAAUAUAUGCUCCGGUUGACAUUGUGGCCAUGAAUGUUGUUUUGAGUGGUGGAGACCCUGACUAUGUUGCCCUCCUUCCUUCCGGUUUUGCCAUUUUACCCGAUGGACCGUCGGGCCUCGAGGUCACGAACCCCGAGGUGGGUCCGGGCGGAUCGCUUCUCACCGUUGCGUUCCAGAUAUUGGUUGACUCGGUCCCGACCGCGAAACUCUCUCUUGGGUCAGUUGCAACCGUGAACAGUCUCAUCAAGUGCACGGUUGAAAGGAUCAAAGGGGCUGUGGCAUCCGAAACUGCAUGAUCUCAAAUAAAUUAAACUCUGAGAUCAAUCUUUCUGAUCCGAUCUGAUCCUACGUUAUUAAAAGAGAAUGAAGAAGUCAAGAACGCACCGCAUAUACAUAUCAUAAUAAUGUAUGUUUUGUAGUCCUUACAUAGGUAACUUGUUGUGUGGUUGAAGAAUGAAUUGAAGUUCACUUCAGUUCAGUUCACCAAGCUGCAAGGGUGAUGGUUCGGGUAUUGACUUCGUCAUUUUAGUCAACGGCCCAGUGUGAGCGCAAGACGCUAAUUUUCUGGUGGGGCACCGUCCUGGGAUUGGAAUGAGGGAAAAUUACUAACCUACCCCUAUUGAAUUGCUCUUUUGAUGUUAUUGCAUAAGGGCAUGUUGGUAAUUUUCUUCACAUUUCUGGUUCCUUUUCGGACCCUAGCUCUACUAAGUACUAGAGUUAAUUAUUGAUUAAGUAAUUAAUUAAUGUGUAGGAGUGUGACUUUUGAGUUUUGAGUACGUUUUGAUGGUGUAUGUUUGGUAUCUAGCUUUGUCAAAUUAAACCUUGUACCUUUCUGGAUGAUUGUGUAUAGGAAGGAUUUAGGAUCUAGACCGACUUCUAGUUUAAUUUGCUCGAUUGUUUUUGUGGUUUGAAUUCAGAAGAUUAUUAUUUGUUCGAUUAGUUUUUGAGUAUGGAAUUCCUUUAUCUAUUGUGAAAGCUUAAUUAGCUCGUUG